AUGGCAGACCCAAUUAGCCUGGCGUCCGGUAUUCUAGCCUUGACCACUUUUACUAUACAAUCAACGAAACUUCUUUAUGAAGUUAUUGAGAACUACCGGAAUAAUAGCAGAACAGUACGGGAACUCAAAGAAGAGUUGGAAGCACUUAGGGCCGUCCUCGGGUCUCUGAUGUCUGUUCCAAAUGAUGAGCAGAUGGACCUGUCGGUUCUGAAGCUGCCGCUCCUCCGAUGUGGAGAGGCAUGUCGAGACCUCGCAGACACUAUCAAUAAGUGCACGACCCGUUCUGGCGGCGACAGAGCAAGUUUUCGUGACUGGUUUAAGUUGACGUAUCGAGGCAGGGAUAUUGCCAGCUUCAGGAAUAUCAUUGCUGCCUACAAAUCUACUAUUGCUAUAGCACUUGCUGAUGCAAAUAUACGUCAUUCUAACGUGACUGUACAGCUUCUUCGUGAGUACAAGGAGAUGAUUGAUAACACGACAUCAGACCUUCAAGAAAUCUUAGAACAAGCCGACGACGAAUUGGCCAAAUCCACAUUAGAGGCGAGACUCCUUGUUCCUGGAGAUUCCAAUGACCUCAGCCAGUUGGCUAUUGAAGAAGAAAGGGCAAGCAUCGACCAUUGCCUUGGCAUUUGCAAGCAGGUCGCCAGCCAUUUAGAACAAGCCCAGGCAGAAAUCUUUGUGACUGCCAAGGUUAGCGAUGGCAAUGAUCCGAGGGCGACGCACAUACAAAAAAGUCCAGCCCGCAUAAUUACAAGUGAAAAGUUGAGAGACUGCAAAACUGGACUCAAAUUUACAGUUUCUGAGCUCCGAAUACGCCUGCAGGACGCCGAUCAUCGACUUCAAAGGCUUUUACACCAAAAUGGUCGAGAGAAUGAGUUUGAGGGCGUAUCUCCUCCUAGACAAACCCCUGAAGACCUUGAGAGCAUCAAGCAAUGUCUUGCCAUAUGCGAAGAUGCGACAGAAGAACUUGCCAAGGAGCGAGUCAAUGUAUUUGAGGAUAUUCAUAUGACUGACGACGCGCAUCAAGUUAUCGUAGCGACUCUUGGUGAUCUCAUAUCCGCCAAAAAUGUUUCCACUGGUGCAAGAUCCAAGCAGUGGUUAGGCCAGAUGUCUGAUGUCUCGCUUCAACAACUAUCUAAGGACAAUACCUCGAGCAAAGGCAAUGCCACCACGGAAGAAAAUGUCAGCAAGAUUCAUGGUCACGAAGGUCUGCGAAACGCUGACCCUGACAAACUACGAAGUACCAUCCAUCACCCGUUUGACGGUCAACAUGGCACAGGGCGGAAACUGGGGUGA